AGGUACUAUGCUGAGAGUUCCCUUGAGCCCAGAGUCAACCCUAGAUGAAGAACCUUUGUUCAAGUACGGGCUCGUUGUGAGUUUAUGAACAGCAUUGUGUGUCCAGUUCUAACACACAGGAUGUGAUUUGUAAGCACAAAUCUGACCCCUGCCAUAUUUUUUUCCUCCUGAAUUAAGCACUCACACAGCAACAGUAGUUUCACUUUGAGUGAUCCUUGAAGAACGAGAACUCUGUGGGUCACCACACUGCCCUGAGCACUACUGUUCCCAGCGCAACUCAGCUCGGGGAGAGGCACACAGUGGAGCAUUAUCGGCAGCAUCAAGCGUAGCCAAUAUGGAUUUGUGCAUUUAGGAUGCGGCUGUCAGAGCAGGACAAAGGAACAACCGCCAGUCAGUGAACUACUCGCGAUCACGUUACUUGCACCAGGCCGGGAAAUCAAUAAUACAUUUACAGGCAUGUAAAGGCAGCAGACAGGCAUCUGUCAUUAGCCGCGGGGAGAAGAAAGAUGGGCAAUGGAAAGACAACCCAUCCUUUCAUCGCUUCUACAAUCGGAGCAUGAGUUGGGGGUGAAGGAGCUAGGAGAGCUUGGUAGUUUUAACAGCGAGCAAAGAACCCGCGCCCCUUGUUUGCAACUUGCACGAAGCUGUUCUGGGGCAGGAGUCGAAGCUUCCUGUUUAAGGCAGAAACUAAAUCUGCAAAGGAGAAGACGACACAGGUCUGCGAGGCUAUCAGCCCUAAGAAAUAAUUUAGCUGCCAGACACUAUUUUGAGAGCCUGUUGCUGAGCUACCGCAUUCCAAAGUCCUUUUUUUUGCUGGAGAUCAGUUACAGGACUCAGACAAUGGAGAGUAAUAUAAGAGCGUAGCGUUGCCAGAAUGAGGCUUUCCUCAAGACUUGAAAGUAGAAGAUUCUGCAUGGGGGUGGUAGGGGGACUCAGGAGCUGUGAGGGGAGCACAUCACUCUUCUGAAUAAGAGAGGACUCUACACCAAGCAAGGGUGCAGGUACUAAGUUCAAUGUUAGUGAGAGAACUAGCUAACAAAGAUUCACGUCUCAAAUCUGGAAUUGAAAGAAGUCCAGCGGGUCUUUUUGGCAAAAGAGGCUGGAGAUAGGAUGCAUAAAGGGUGAUCGGAGGAGUCAGAUUGUUGGGAUCCGUGUCCACUGCACUUUCAUCUGUUCCAGGGGCCUUCAUUGACGGAAUUCAUUGGUAUUCUGGGUCAGUCAUGGAUCCGAUUCCUCUCAGUUCUUUGAGAUGUACAUUGGAAGCUUCUGAAAUUUUAAUGAAGACACCAGAUCCGAGAAAGAGGCAGCCAGUGACAGGUGUGAAUUUGCAGGGCGCACAAGCAUCUGCCUGAGCUCCUGGUUCCCUGCAGAGUCUCUGAAGCAGCUGGGCACAGAGGCCCAAUGGCAACCGGAACCUGACCCGCUUAGACUUGGAAGAGAAUCCAAAGUGGGGACUGUAAGCCCCCAGGCUUCCAAACUGCCGGGAUCUCAGGGGCUUACUUACUGUGAGACGCUCUAGCUCCUGGGAGAAGAACCUGAGAGUGAGCGGGGCCAGGAUGACUCAGGGAUUCUGGAAGGUCUACAAGGCCAAAGUUCUACAGACCCUUGGCGGAGAGCUGCCGGAAGAGGAACUCCAGGAUGAGAGAGAUAACCCUGAACUGAUGGAAACCACAGACUCAACCCUGCUGACAGAGGAGGGGUCAAAUCCUGUUUCUCAGCUGGCACGGCGGGUCCAAGGAGUUGGAGUCAAAGGCUGGAGAAGUGUCUCAUCUUUGUUCAGCCGGGAAGACGAACAUAAAUUGCUGGCUCCUGAGCCUUGUCCUGACCACCCACUGGCAGCCAGGCCAGAAGAGGACUCCCCUUCUGAAAAGAAGACAUCUGGCCUUUGGGACGUCUUUGCCACAAAGUGGCAGCAAACUUCAGCUCUGGAAAAGGCAGCCUCGAAGGCUGAGAGUGGAGACCAGAUGUCUGAGGGCAUCGGGGCAUCGGGAGAAAUGGCGGCUGAGGAAGCCAGCUGCACCAGCCUGGACAACGACCUUCGAGAAGCUGAAGGGGUGGCCUUCAAGUGGAGCUUCCUGACCAGCAAGCUGGCAGAGAUAAAGAACAAAAGUGCCUCUAAGAGCAACUAGGAAUGAACGUGAAAGAAAUGGACUUUGUGACAUAAGAGACAACCUAUAUCCAUGCAGGGCAAGCAUUUUUAGCCUCCCCGCACCCCCGUUUCUCCAGGAAUCUUUGACAGAACAGUCAGAGAUGACAUGAAAGUCCCAGGGCCAGAGCUCAGUGUUAUUUAACCCUCAAAACAUUAGGAUGCCCCAAAUGUGUGUGUCUCAUGUAUCAAACCAUAUCCAUUCCAUCUCUCCCCUUCUCUGAACAUUGUUUUCUUGAGAUAAAAAAUAGACAGGUUGAAGCUUCUACCAGAGGUUUUCUGCCCAGCAGGGA